GUCAGCCACUCCGAGGGCCAACCUGGUUUCAGUUAUUGCUCUUGUCAAUGUUGAAGGCUAUCAAGGCUGGCUGGGUAGGCUGUCUGGCUUGGUGCUAGAACUCGGCGUCAGACUGCUGACCAUCUUGUCUUUGAUCACACCAAUCAGCUUCUGCCGUUCGCCUAGAAAGCCUACAACCAACGACGAACUGUUGCACAGAUUUGCCCGGUUGUAGAGAAAUCUGCGGCUGAGCACGAUGCAGCCUACUUUGGGGGCUUCUGUGUAGAUGGGGGCCUUGCAUGUGAUAAAAUCUGAGUAUUAUUUAUUGACCAUCGGCUGCCCUCCUUCUGCUGAAUACUUUGCAACUCUACAUUUCCGGGAGACACUUCUUAAAUCCAUAUUCAUUCCUCUUUCUAGAAAUCUCAACCAUGGUUCGCAUCGAGGAUUUCGAGGGUAUGCAAUACUCUAGAGUGGGAGACGAGUCUGAGAUGCAGGAAUAUGCUUUCUUCAACCAGCAAUAUGCGACCUCGACGUAUCAGAAAGAGCACGACAUGAACCCUGAUCUCAUUGUGCGACCACAGAAUGACCAAGAUGUCAUUAGAGCGGUCAAUUGGGCUAGGAAGAACAAGGUCGCCGUCGCCGUAAAGAGUGGAGGCCACCAAUACAGCGGAGCCUCGUCCACAAGCGGCAAGAAUAUCCAGAUCGAUUUGGGCAACACCUACAAGGAUCUGAUGAUCUUGAAGCCCAAAGAACCUAUUGCAGCCGACCGCACACUUGUUUACAUUGGUGUCAGCAUUACGAUGAUGGACCUCAACAAGUACCUCAAGCAGACUAAACUCUUUGUCCCUACUGGCCAGUGUGCCUACGUCGGGGUGGGAGGUCACGGCCAGACUGGCGGUUAUGGACAGUUGGGCCGUAGUUUCGGCCUCUUUGGAGACAACAUCAGAACUAUCCGUAUAGUUUGUCAUGAUGGUGUCAUCCGCGACAUCACCAAAAAAAACAACCCGGGGAUGUUCUAUGCCGUUCUUGGAGGCAGCCCAGGAAACUUCGGAGUCAUCACCCACUACAUCGUUGAGGUGUACAAGUCCAGCAGCUACCUUGGUACUGUCGCUGGACCUAACGGCUUUAAAGGACCCCACGGCAUCAAGGCCCUCUGGCUCUACUCCAAGGAAGUUCUGACCACACUUCUCAAUGCCAUUGCUGAAAUGGCCGACGACCCUACAUUCCCCCGCGGCUUCGACCUCUGCGUCAGUGUCAUCAGCACAGACUUCCCCAUGUCGACUCUGUUCAAGGAGCUCAAGGAUGCAAACGUCUGGCAGCGCAUUCAAGACCGCAUCAAGAACGCACUCGAAGACGACUUCCUAAAGUUGCUCAACGGAAGAUUCCCAGCGUCCAUCAUUCUGUACGCACAAUGGUGUCCGACCAGCAAGAACGACAAAUAUGAUGCCAAUGUCGAUGCCUGGUUUGGCAAGUUCCGGGAGCUCAAGAGCACGUUGGCAGACUUCUCGCUUCAGUUUGGAGAGUUCGACAUGGAGAUGUCGGAUAUGACUGGGCAGUGGAUCUUCCCCAGAGCACGCGAGUUUGACCUUCCCUAUGUCAAGCGGACCUAUUCUACCAACUCAACCAGCCUUACCAAAGACAAAUGGGUUGAUGCUGUGGUUGACCGUAUUGACCUCAUAUACAACCCUGAACAAUACCUCAGGGGGCAUGAGGGUGAGAAAGAUUACGAGCGUUUCAUGCGAUGUAAGCUGUCGGUCCAGAUUCAGUGCUUUGGAGGCAAGAACUCGCGCUUCUUCGUCAAUAGAGACAACGGCACGUCUUACAGCUGGAGAGACUCUUCGGUUGUUCAGACGUUGGACUGCUUCCACGAGCCCGAUGAACAGUCAAGAAAGUUGGCUCAAUCAUGGCAAGACAAGAAUGACCAGAUUAUGAACGGGCCCGAUAGCCCAUUCAGCAAGAAGGACAGACGUCUUCUUUGGGGAUCCUAUGGUGAUUGGAACUUGGGUGACGAGAAGAUCUGGAAGUGCUACUACGAAGACGAGGAGAAGUACAGACGACUUGGAAAAGUCAGAGCCCUGGCUGACCCCAACGGAACGUUUACCGCGAACCCGUUCGCGAUUACUGCAGUCAAAAACGCGAGGUUGUGAGCGGAGCUUCGUCUUGUGUUGGAGACAGGGCGAAAAAGUUGUAUGUUAAGACUGGAUCAAAUUUGUGCCUCGAACCGUUUGUAAUCUAGAAUUGAAAUAAGACUCAUCACAUCGCCAUUCUCAGCGCCAAAA